AUGGAGGGAGACUGUCUGAGCUGCAUGAAGUACCUGAUGUUUCUUUUCAACUUCUUUAUAUUCUUGGGAGGAGCGUGCCUGCUGGGAGUUGGGAUCUGGGUCAUGGUGGAUCCCACCGGAUUUCGGGAGAUCGUGGCCGCCAACCCCCUGCUCUUCACGGGGGCCUACGUGCUGCUGGCCAUGGGGGCCAUGCUCUUCCUGCUGGGCUUCCUGGGCUGCUGCGGGGCUGCCCGAGAGAACAAGUGCCUCCUGCUGCUGUUCUUCAUGUUUAUUUUGUUGAUCUUCCUGGCGGAGCUUUCAGCUGCAAUCCUGGCCUUUAUCUUCAGAGAAAACCUGACCAGGGAGUUUUUCACCAAGGAGCUGAAGAAGCAUUACCUGAGGAACAACGACACAGAUGUCUUCUCUUCCACCUGGAACUCCGUUAUGAUCACAUUUGCCUGCUGCGGAGUCAACGGACCAGAGGAUUUUGAGGCUGUCCCUCAGCUUCCCCACUCCCCUCUGGAGAGGGCCCCUCCCGAGGCGUGCUGCCAGCGGGAGCUGGGGGGCCGGGAGGGGCUCUUUGUGGACAGGGAGGCCUGUCUCACCGGCGGCUGCUACACUGUGAUCAUGAACUCCUUCGAGACCUACGUGUACCUGGCGGGAGCCCUGGCCAUCGGGGUGCUGGCUAUCGAG